GAAGUGCUGAGGAGAGAGUGGAAUAGUCAGGAAGUGCUGAGGAGUGGGAGAGGAACGGUGUCACAACAUGUAAGAGAAAGACAAGGAGAAGGCACCAGGAGAGGAGUAGAGUUUCCUUUCAAAUGUUGUGUUGUCAGACCAUGGCAGGGGAGUGUUGGCUGAGAAUAUGAUGCAUACUGACUGGGAUACACCAAGAGCUGGUCUGGACUAACUUACUGACUAGGGGGUAGAGAGGAAAAGACAGGAAGACAAGGAGGGAGGGAAGAUGAGGGAGGCGCUGGAUAAUAUGGAUGGAUUUGGUGGAGUGGAUGAUGUCAUCAGGCGAACGUCAAGCCUCAUCCUCAAUGAUGGCUACAAAGAGGCCCAAAAGAAUGAGAGGGAGUCGAUCAGGCAGAAGUUGGCUCUGGGCAGCUUCUUCGACGAUGGGCCGGGCAUCUACACCAGCUGCAGCAAGAGCGGCAAACCCAGCCUGUCCUCACGGCUUCAGAGUGGGAUGAACCUACAGAUCUGUUUUGUCAACGACAGCGGCAGCGACAAGGACAGCGAUGCAGACGACAGCAAGACAGAGACCAGUCUGGACACUCCUCUGUCCCCCAUGUCCAAGCAGAGUUCGUCCUACUCGGACAGGGACACCACAGAGGACGACUCUGAGUCUCUGGAGGACAUGGACUUUGUGAGUCGACAGAAGAAGCUGCAAGCGGAGGCAAAGCUGGCCCUGGCUAUGGCCAAACCCAUGGCCAAGAUGCAGGUGGAGGUGGAGAAACAGAACCGCAAGAAAUCCCCUGUGGCCGACCUGCUUCCACACAUGCCUCACAUCAGUGAGUGUCUAAUGAAAAGAAGCCUGAAGCCCACCGACUUGAGAGACAUGACGCUGGGACAGCUCCAGGUUAUAGUCAAUGACCUGCACUCACAGAUCGAGACUCUGAAUGAGGAGCUUGUACAGUUGCUGCUGAUUCGGGAUGAGCUACACAUGGAGCAAGAUGCCAUGCUGGUUGACAUAGAGGACCUCACCAGGCAUGCUGAGAGCCAACAGAAACAUUUGGCUGAGAGGACCCUAUCCAAAUAAGAUGCCAGUCCCUGCUCCACCCUCUCCCCUCUCCCCUCUCCCCUCUCCCCUCUCCCCUCCCUCCUGCCCAGCUAAGCUCCCACUCCAAACCAGACUUUCCCCCUCUGGCCUUUCCACCUCUGCCCCUUGUCAAUCCAAACCCCCCGCUUGUCCCCAGUAUUUUGCUCCUUGCUGCUUCCCCUAUCUCCCCUUGUCUCCUUUCCUGUCCAAACCCACUGCAGCAGCAGCACAGAAGAAGCUUCUGUGGUUUUCUCCCAGCGCUAAGGAUGGAGGAGCACUUCCUGCUUCCUGGGAGAAAAAGGAAACUGAUUGUGUGUUGUCAUGGAUUCUGUACCCAGCUUCCUGUGCAGUGAUCGGCCUUGCUUUGCUAUCGUUUCUUUUUAACUUUCUACAUUCGCCACUAAAUUAUAACUGUCAAAUGCAAAAAUUGUGGGAAAAAAUAAAAUAAUAGUGAAAAAUUAAGUAGAAAGUCAGUCAUGAGAAAAAAA